AUGGCGACCCUUUACAGAAGCUCGGGGAUCGGAAAAUGUCUGGUUGAGACUUUGGAAGAGAUGCUUGAGAACGGAACUCUCACCGCCGAACUUGCCUUUCAGGUUCUGCUCCAAUUCGACGCGUCUAUGGCUCAAGCUUUCAGAACCCGAGUGAAAAACAAAGUCUCCAUCAAGGGACAUCUGCAUACCUACAAUUUCUGCAACCAUGUUUGGAACUUCUCCGUACACGAUGCUGUGGUCAGAUACCAGAAUAAUAUUGGCGCCACCGUCGAGGAGAACGUUGACCGCCUUAAAAUAGUGGCCUGUGACCCAAAAAGCCCUGCCGACCUUGUAAUAUCAAGCUCAUGA